CCCCAACUGACAGUUUCCGCACUACAUCUCCCGGCCUGCCCCGCGGGUGAUGCGCCGGUCCCGUGACUUCCCCCCCACCUCGUUCCUCCCGGUCUGUGGAAAGAUGGCUGACGAGGACGGGAUUCACUCCAGCCAGCGGAACGGGGGCGGGGGUCCGACAUUCACCCAGGUCGGGGGCCCGCGGGUGGUCCGGAUAGUGAAGUCCGAGUCCGGCUACGGCUUUAACGUGCGGGGUCAGGUGAGCGAGGGCGGCCAGCUGCGGAGCAUCAACGGCGAGCUGUACGCCCCUCUUCAGCAUGUCAGCGCCGUGCUGCCCGGGGGAGCCGCCGACCGCGCCGGGAUCCGCAAGGGGGACCGCAUCCUGGAGGUGAAUGGAGUGAACGUGGAAGGGGCGACUCACAAGCAGGUAGUAGACCUAAUUCGGGCAGGAGAGAAAGAGCUGGUCCUCACUGUCCUGUCUGUGCCACCACACGAGGCUGAGAACCUGGACCCCAGUGACGACUCCUCGGGGCAGUCCUUCUACGACUAUACAGAGAAGCAGGCGGUUCCCAUCUCCAUCCCCACUUAUAAACACGUGGAGCAGAACACGGAGAAGUUUGUGGUUUACAAUGUCUACAUGGCCGGCCGGCAGCUUUGCUCCAAGCGAUACCGAGAGUUUGCCAUCCUGAACCAGAACCUGAAACGGGAAUUUGCCAACUUCACUUUUCCCCGACUUCCAGGGAAGUGGCCGUUUUCCUUAUCUGAACAGCAGCUGGAUGCUCGGCGGAGGGGCUUGGAGGAGUACCUGGAGAAAGUCUGCUCCAUACGAGUCAUUGGAGAGAGCGACAUCAUGCAGGAGUUCCUGUCUGAGUCAGACGAGAAUUACAAUGGGGUGUCUGAUGUGGAACUUCGCGUAGCGCUCCCAGACAAGACGACUGCCACUGUUCGGGUGAAGAAGAACAGCACUACAGACCAGGUGUACCAGGCACUCGCUGCCAAGAUUGGGAUGGAUGGAAUCACAGCCAAUUACUUUGCCUUGUUUGAGGUCGUUAAUCAUUCCUUUGUCAGGAAGUUGGCGCCCAACGAGUUCCCCCACAAGCUGUAUGUACAGAACUACACCUCGGCUGUGCCCGGGACCUGUCUCACUGUCCGCAAGUGGCUCUUCACCACGUCUGAGGAGUCUCUGCUGAAGGACAAUGACUUGGCCGUCUCUUACUUCUUCCAUCAAGCAGUGGAUGAUGUGAAGAGGGGUUAUAUAAAAGCAGAUGACAAAACCUACCAGUUACAGAAACUCUGUGAGCAGCGGAAGAUGCUGAUGUAUCUGAACAUGUUACGGAGCUGCGAGGGAUACAAUGAGAUCAUGUUCCCGCACUGUUCCUGCGAUUCCCGUAGGAAGGGCCACGUAAUUACUGCUAUAAGCAUCAAGCAUUUCAAAUUGCUGGCGUGCACGGAGGAGGGGCAGCUGGAGAAUCAAGUGAUCGCCUUUGAGUGGGAUGAGAUGCAAAGGUGGGACACGGACGAGGAGGGGAUGGCUUUCUGUUUUGAAUAUGCCCGGGGCGAGAAAAAGCCUCGAUGGGUGAAGAUCUUCACUCCUUACUUUAAUUAUAUGCACGAAUGCUUCGAGAGGGUGUUCUGUGAGCUGAAGUGGAGAAAAGAGGUGGAAGAGGAGGCCACAGAUAAAGACAACAAGAACUGCACUAAUGACAGUACGUGCAGCAAGAACAUCUUUCAGAUUGUACGGCUGCAGCACAAGGACACUAGCACUUAGCUGAAGUGUCCCGGCAUCUCUGGAUCAGUACCGCGUCCUGCUCUUCGCUCAGCAGAGCCCAGUCACCGCUCAGCAACAUCUCAUUGUCACGAAGAUAGACUGAACUGUUUAACCUCUUCAGACCGGGCUCUGGAUGUUUUGUACAGCAUUGCAGGGGUUAAUCAUUCCACACCAAACAUUAGCUCUGUCACCAGGAUCCAUUUCAGCGUCAUUCAAACAUCUCCUGUGCGACUGAGACGUCUGAUGUGAUCAGUCUCGCAAUUGCUUUAUAGUCCCCCCAACCCCCCCUUCCGUUGUGUCCUCUCUCUCUCACCCUUCCCCCGGAAUCUGUUCUUCCUGCACGUGUAAUUCCCUCACCCCCCUAACACUACUACCUGCCCGACACUCCAGCCUCAGUCGUUGCUCCUCACCGGCCCUCGCUCUGCCCCACCCUCUCCCUGAAUGAGCGCAGAGGGCGGAGCAGUGGUGGUAUCAUGUGACUGUACACACCUGCGUCAUUUCAGGCCCCAAAUCCAGACUUUCUACCCUUACCCGUGGGAAGGGGCCCAGUACUACAUUUGCACGUACACCUGUAUAUAUAAGACCUCUUUCUACUUUUCAUAUUGAACCUGUAUCUGAUGAGCAAGUGUCAGGAAUUCCUGCUGUGCGCACAGCUGCCUGUUUGCCACCCCAUUACUCCUCUUCUUGCCAGGGCCGGGUGACUGCCUGCGGGUAGCCUCUCCUGACGUCAGUAUUUGCAGCCCUGCUCGGUCUGUGUAGCCUAUUUGUGACCUCACGAGGCUGUCUCCUGUUGGGGUCACCGAUGAGCAGUCCUGGGCUCUCCGGCAGGCACAGCUGCAGGGGAGGGAGGGUAGCACUGUGAGGCAAUGCCACAGUAUCUGGCAAUACGAAGUGCUAUUUUCUAUAGAAUUGUCUUUAUGUGCCAAACAAAUGCUCAUUGAUCUCACUGUAUAGUUUAGUCUGGCUCCGGUGCAGCUCGGUGUGAAAAAUAUGCGAGUUCCGCGGCAGCGCCCGUUGUGUCUGCACGGAUUGGGGGCCAGGGAGCAUGAAUACCAGAGUACAGACACUACAUAACCGGUCUGUUGGAUCACCUAGCGAUGACUGGCAUAUGCGGGUCUUUGCAUCUUAGAGAGUACUCUAGUGGUCCCACUAUGUCACCACCCACACUUCCAGGUUGCACAGUCACGGGGAUGCAGCAAACGCAGAUCGGAGCUUCUAACUUGUCACGAGAAGGCGGCCCAUGCAUGCUGCCAUUAGUUUGGGCAUUGCCUCUUUGUCCGGCAAGAAUAAAUCUUCCAUUGGUGACCUCACACCGACAUUACAGCAAUAACCGUUUCCAGCCGCUAUAGAACACUCACAUCUAACGCUCGCCUCCCUCCCCCUCAUUCUUCGCAGCUGUUCUCCACACCCCCUAGUGUGUGCGUGUAUUUUUUUUAUUAUUAUUUAUUUUACCAGGAACUAACAUUAUUAGGUUACCAGCGGCAUCUGUUCUGUGAAAAGGUUGGAGAGAGGAGACCCUGCUCAUCAGUGUUUUAACUUCAUGUUCCGGAGCUAACCACUCUAAUGUCGUUCAGUAAGAGUCACCUUAGUGUAAUUAAUUGUAACAUAUUCUUUUAAAUAAAUCAAUUUAUUGAUGAGAUAA